GUGGUUCGUUCCAAAAGGGAAAGGUUGUGAGGUUGUCUGCUGAUGUGUGAAUGAUAGCGGGUGGUUUCAGUGAGAUUCCGUCCACCAGCCCUCCCCACCACAGCCAGCUUCAGCGGUCCUACCCAGCAUGGCAGACACCUCUAAUGUCAUGGCCAACAACGCCAUCAGUAUGGUUGUACUGAUGGGCAUCGUCCUGGGCCUCAUGCUACUCGUCACCAACAUGAUGAACUUUGUCUACAACCUGUGGACAUAAGCCACACACCAGAUGGAUAUACAACCAGUUGGCUGAACUGUGUUUACAAUGAUAUUUUGUAGUGAAUUGUUUUUCUAAUGUGCAAUGAGUUAUUCCUAAUGUGCACUGACAAAUCGAGUAAUUAACCUUCAUGACCAAAUUAUAUAGACAACCAGGUGAGAUUUGUCAAGAGAUUGUUUCUGGUACUAACAAUUACUAGACUGCUGUAAUACUACCUGUUUUAUUCCAUUUGACCAUGUUAGGUAGAAUUCACAAGAUGGUUUCUAAACAUUUAACGGCGUUGCUUUUGCUCAUCCUUUUUGUUGUGCUGAUAAAACAUGCCAGUACUAAACGUGUGCAAAAGAAGGCUGAAAACAAGAAAGAAGUUGAAAAACCGAAAGCCGGGGACUUGGGUGUUAAUGGUCUGUUGAGACGGGCAGUGCAGCUACCUAUCAAACCACCAAUCCAGAAAGUACCAGGCACAAAGGACAGGUGGACAAGGUGGACAGAUCGCUCCUGUGACCACCUGCAGGGCCUCUUAGACUUAAAGAAAAGGAUCAUGAACAGGUUAAACCAAGGAAUCGAAGCCGUCAAGAAAAAGAAGGACGCUACAGAAGACGAGAAGAAAUUUGAGAUUCACACAUUUGUUGUCUUCCAACGAGAAUUAAACGACAGUGAAACUGCUAUAUUCCAGGCAGUUCACAGUCUAAAACAUGCGCUAUCGGGUAAUUAUAGAGACAUCUCUUACAUGAGAGAAGCGAGUUUACAGAGACUUGACGCGUUGAAAGCUGCAACUCUACAGGAAGAGGAAGAAUAUAGUGAACUGGUACGAGUGGAAAAUAAGGUUCAAGAACAGGCGAAGAAGGCGAACAGUUCAACCUUCCUGGAAGAAAUUCUGGCUGACGUGGCCAAAGCUGCUGACAAGUUAGAAGAGACACUGCAGGAACAUGUCUUUGAUGAAUCUAAAAAAGCUCAGGGCGCGCUGAUAGAGGCUGUGGUGAGAGUGAAUGAGGAUCCCGGAAAGGUGAACGACUCCAAGUCAGGGGUGGACGACGGUGGUAUGAGCAUGCUGGUGGACUCCAGGAACAACCAGUACAUCCUCACUAAGGCCAAGGACUCUACAACACCACUCGCACACAAGCAGCUGAUCCAGGACAUGAUCCUGAUCCUGAGCAUGUCCUUCCUGUGGGGCUGGCUGUGCAAUAUUCUCCACCUGCCCACCUUGUUCGGCUAUGUCAUGACGGGACUGGUACUGGGACCAGCGGGACUUAACAUCAUCAAGGCUGUUGUGCAGGUGGAGACUCUGGGAGAAUUUGGAGUGUUCUUCAUCCUGUUUACUGUUGGGAUGGAGUUCUCCCCAGAUAAACUGAGAAAGACGUGGAAGGUGGCAGUGCUGGGCAGUCUGGCCAUGAUGCUGCUGAUGGUGCUGUGUGGGAUCCUGUGGGGCAUUCCCCUGGCCAUCUCCUGGAAACAGAGUGUGUUUGUGUCGGCCUGCCUGUCCCUGUCCAGUACCCCGCUGGUCGUCCGGUUCCUCAGCACCUCCGCACGGUCAGACCACAAGUAUGACGACCCUGACACCAGUGUUUCCAGUGAGCUGGAUUACUCCUCCAUCCUGCUGGGAAUUCUGGUGAUGCAGGAUGUGAUGCUGGGACUCAUCAUGGCCAUCCUGCCCACCCUGGCCCCGACGGGACCCCCCGCGGUCAUCGGCAAGUCCGGGACGGACACUCGGACGGCCUGGGACACAGUGAAGGCCAUCAUGUCGCUGGUUGAGGCUGUGAUCGUGGUCCUGGGACUGAGCUUCGUCCUGUCCAAGUACGUGAUGGCCCCGUUCUUCAGGAGGCUCCACCUGCAGGGCAGUAAGGAGAUGUUACUGAUGGGGACAGUAGCUCUCUGCUUCCUCAUGUUACAGCUAACGGAUGUGUUGGGUGUGUCCAUGGAAGUUGGGUGUUUCCUGGCGGGCGUUCUGGUCAGCUCACAGGGCCAUCAGGUGGUUGAGGAACUACUCAGCCUGAUAGACCCAGUCAAGGACAUAUUCGCCAGUAUCUUCUUUGCUACAAUAGGUCUCCAUGUCUUCCCAACCUUUGUGGUAUACGAGUUGAGCAUACUCGCCAUCAUGACACUGGUGGUGGUCUCACUAAAGUUCAUCGUGGGGGUUGCAGUGCUGGGACUGUUCCUGACGUCACGACAGUCCUUCCUGAAGUGGCUAGUGGCCGCAGGGUUGGCGCAGGUCAGCGAGUUUUCCUUCGUGCUGGGCAGCAGGGCGCGACGGCUUGGGAUCAUCUCAAGGGAGGUGUAUCUGUUGGUACUGGGGGUCACGACCUUGAGCCUGCUGCUGGCCCCGGCCUUGUGGCAACUCUCCCUCUGGCGCUUCCGAGUCAUCCGACGCCGAUCCUACAGCGGACCACAGAUCACGUGAUGUAGUCUCUAUGACUCCAGACUAACUUGCUGGCAGCACAUCGACAGAACAUACUGCACCUGUGCGUGAAACCCGUAAUGUAUUGUGCAUAGCACUUCGAUAGAACGUCUCAUAUAGGGUCCUAACAGACCACCUUUACAAAUGGUACUCAUUAGCAGGUGUUGCAGUUUUAUUUGAAAAUAUGAGAUUUAUUUAUCUAAAAUUUUAUUUAUCUGGUAUCGCUUGUGAGAACAUCGAAAACAAACUAGCCAAAAGAGAUGAGCCAAUAUUGCAAUGUUCUUGAGUAAUAUAAUUAUAUGUUGUUGAGAGCAAUAAUAAAUUUAUUAUAUGUAUUAGCAGAUAUAUUAUCUUCAUGGAGUUUCCAUUUGAUGAACUAAGGGAAUUCAAAAACUUUAUAGAGUUGUUCUUUAUAUUAUUAUUGUACUGGUUACAAUGCAGUCAUUGAGAGAGAUUUUGAGGACUGUGGAAGUAUAUUGUAGUUCUCUGUAUUUUUGUGAAAACUUGAUGACGAUAGUUAUAUUUUGUCAUCAAAUGUUUAGUAGAUGAUUCAGUGCACAUGCCUCUGUUAUACAACAAUGUACAACUGAGUGGAACAAUAAAAGGUAGAAUCUAUGCCAA